GUACUCAUCGCAUUCUAUUCCAGAUUCGUCGUUCAUUGAUCAAGUUCUCGCUCCAAUGACGUGCUUAGGUGGCCAGAAGUUUAGAGUUUACACGCGCUAUACUAUGCCUAUGCGAUAUCACUAUACAAGAAGCAGCAGAAUAGGAGAAAUUGUGAUAGAUUCAACAGCGGGAGGGCGUGUUUUUGUUGAUCAAAAAAGCUUAAAGGAACACGGCCCUAUGGAAAAAGGAGACCAUGGAUACGAUAAUAGAAUGCGUGAAAUGAGGGCAAUUUUUGGUGCUUGGGGUCCUUCAAUUAAAAAUGGAUAUCAAAUCGAACCCUUCCAAAACAUUGAACUUUACAAUUUGUUUACAGGUGGGUGUUGUUAG